ACUACUAACUAGCUAUCCAGCAAUCGGGCUAUCUGGCGUGUGUUGUAAACUCUCCUGUGUUUUAUUUUAGGUGUAUAACUUGAAUUACAAGAAGGCAACGAGAACGGAGAAAUCUUUUGAAUCCACAUUACAUAAAUCGGAGGAGCUCUCUCGAGUUAAUGAAGAUUGGUUAAUCGAGUGAAGCUCUUGAGGGAUUAACGUUAUCAUAACGUUAGCGCGAAAAUGUCAUCUCAAAACAUUUUGGCUGGUGGCAGAAAGGAGGAGAAAGGGAAAAAUAUUCAAGUGGUUGUACGAUGCAGACCCUUCAACGCAUUGGAGCGCAAAUCCGUGUCUUAUGGAGUGCUGGACUGCGAUCCAAAUCAUAGAGAAGUGGCCGUGAAAACUGGUGGUUUAACUGACAAACUAGCAAAGAAAACAUACACAUUUGACAUGGUAUUUGGACCAUCUGCCAAGCAAAUUGAAGUGUAUAGAAGUGUACUGUGUCCCAUUUUAGAUGAAGUUAUGUUGGGAUACAAUUGCACAGUGUUUGCUUAUGGCCAAACUGGAACUGGGAAGACCUUCACAAUGGAAGGGGAGAGGUCUACUGAUGAACAAUACACCUGGGAAGAGGAUCCUUUGGCAGGCAUCAUUCCUCGGACCCUCCAUCAGAUUUUUGACAAGCUGUCAGAUAACAACACUGAGUUCUCAGUGAAGGUGUCUCUGUUGGAAAUUUAUAACGAGGAGCUGUUUGACCUUCUCAGCCCUUCUCCAGAUGUUCUGCAAAUGUUUGAUGACCCAAGAAACAAGCGUGGUGUUGUCAUCAAGGGCCUUGAAGAAAUUACUGUUCAUAAUAAAGAUGAAGUGUACCAGAUUUUGGAAAGAGGUUCUGCCAAGAGGAAGACUGCUUCCACUUUAAUGAAUGCAUACUCCAGUCGGUCCCAUUCCGUUUUCUCAGUGACUAUUCACAUGAAGGAGGUCAACUUGGAAGGGGAAGAGCUGGUCAAAAUUGGGAAACUAAAUUUGGUGGAUCUUGCUGGCAGUGAGAACAUUGGUCGCUCAGGUGCAGUUGAUAAACGUGCCCGUGAGGCAGGCAACAUCAACCAGUCCCUGCUAACACUGGGUCGUGUCAUCACCGCUCUGGUGGAGCGUCGGCCUCAUAUCCCCUACAGGGAGUCCAAACUCACCCGUAUCCUGCAGGACUCUCUUGGUGGCAGAACAAAAACAUCCAUCAUUGCCACAGUCUCCCCUGCCUCAAUCAAUCUGGAGGAAACAAUGAGCACUCUGGAUUAUGCCAACAGAGCUAAGAACAUUAUGAACAAGCCUGAGGUCAAUCAGAAACUCACCAAGAAGACGCUCAUUAAGGAAUAUACUGAGGAGAUUGAGCGUCUUAAGCGUGACCUUGCCGCCACUCGAGACAAGCAUGGCGUAUAUCUGUCAUCUGAGAACUAUGAGACCAUGAACGGCAAACUAUCGUCUCAGGAGCUGCAGAUUACUGAAUACAUGGAUAAGAUAGCUGUCUUGGAAGAUGAAGUGAAAAAGGCGAUGGAGUUUUUCUCAGACAGUAAGGAGCAGGUUGAGCAGUUAACAGGGGACCUUGAUGAGAUGAGCCAGCAGCUGCAGGCAGCUCACAAGGACCUGCAGGAGACCAGGCUCAAGCUCAGCGAGGAGACCUUCAUCUCAUCCAAGCUGAAGACCACUGAGGGAGAGCUGUACAGCACUGCAGACAAGCUGCUGUCCACUGCUGAUGUCAGCACAAAGGAUGUGUCUGGUCUGCAUGCCAAACUGGACAGGAAGCGGGAAGUGGAGGGGCACAACUCAGCAGUGCAGCAGAGCUUUGGCCAGCACAUGGAGGCCAGCUACAGCCACAUGCAGAGGUCCCUGCAGCAGCAGAGCAGCCUCCAUCAGGGCUUCAUGGAGUACUUCGGCAACACUGUCUCGGACCUUCACGCGGUGAACAGCAGAGCCCUUGAAGAAGCCUUAUCCUCGGUCACCUCCUAUAAGGCUGGAGUGAAGGCUGUUGUAGAGGAGAAAGUGGGCCAGUGUGUGGCCAAGCUUGAGCAGCAGGAGAGCUUGAGUGUGCAGUCCAAAGAGAACUUGCUGCAAAUACUGGAGGAGCACCAGAUGCAUUUAGAAGAGGCCCUGACUGCACAAGCGCUGCCAGCCGUCAAUACUUUGAUGUCAAUGAUGGGGAACUUGAGCGAGACCUUGGCGGCUCAGCGUGCUCUGACAGAAAGGAUGGAAACCAUGAAGCGUGAGAUGACCUCACACUUCCGUCUACAGGCUCAAGCACUCUCUGUGAUGCGGGAUGCAUCCAUGGAGGGGUUCAACACUCUGAGGACUGAGAUUGGGGACCUGAAGGAGAAGUUGGGUGAAGCUGACCAGACCCACAAAUCUAACCUGUCCCAGCUCCUUCAGUGCCUGCAGGGCCAGCUGAGUCUGCUGUCGGAGAACACCCAGGGCAGUUUCCAGGGCCUGAUGAAGAAGACGGACGCUCUGUCUGCUCCUGUGGACUCCCUUCAGCAGGCUCUGCAGACGAAAUGCUCAGAGGCUGAAAAACAGGAGGUUUCUGGACUGCACCAUUUUGAAACCACCGUGGACGGCUUUGUCUCGGAGACAAGCAGAGUGACCGAUGAACUGGCUUCUACUUUGGAGGAGUCCGCUGGGUAUCGUAGCAGCCUCCAGACCUCUCUCAGGGCACUGGGGGAGAGUGCCAGCAGCUGGUGCCACACAGCCACAGAAGGUGUUGAGGCAGCUGCCCAAGCCCAGCUGGACCUCACACAGGCUAAUAAAGACGCCCUGCUCAGUCUGCCCCAGCCAGUGGAAACACGGGGAGAGGCAUUCCUCCAGGAAUCGACAGACUGCUUCAGGCGGCAUCAAACGGAGGCAACUGGAAUCCUUAAUAGUCUCCAGGACCAAACAGGCAAAGAUGUGGCCACACUUCAGCUCACCAGAGAGGAUCUUUCAACACAAACAACCCAGGCGCUCAAGACAGUCCACAGCUUCCUGCAGGAGGAGCUCAGGGAAGAUGUCCCUACUGGCGCCACCCCUCAGCGUAAGGAGUACGUCUUCCCUCGCAUGCUCGUAAGGUCGCGUGCCCGGGAGGAGCUCAUUGAGGAGUUUCACACUCAGAUGGAGGAACUUCAGGAUGAAUGUCCGACCCGAGAGGAAGCUGAAGAGAAUACAGCUGUUGAUCAGGAGACCUUAGAGGAAGAGCUUGAGUCCUUUGAAGACAGUGCAGUAACGGAGCCUUCAUUUGUUGACAUGAACAUCAUGUGUGACGAGAACACCAGAGGCCCAUUCUUCAAGCAACAGAAGAAGAACAAGAAGACGAAAGAGAACCGGAAAAAUCCUUCCUGCACCAAACAGCCAGAGGUUGAGGGAGAAAAUCCACCACGGUCUAAACUACCCCUCAGAUGUCAAAACUAAAAACAUUAUUGUCUUUUCCUCAUUUCUUUCUGUGUAUGUUUUUUUAGAUGUCAGGUUUUAUAUUUGUACGCUUUAGCACACAUUUCACAUUCUUGUUUUACCGUACACUGAUGAAUCAUUGAUGAUUAUGUUGGGUGCGAGAAUGUUUGUUAGCAUGGUAGCACGGCCUGUAAGGCAUGUUUUUCACGUUAUGUCUGUGUGUCAGUGGGAAUGGAAGGUGAGCGCAUGAAAGGACAUGAAGCUACGUACGUACGAGGCCUAUACUUUAGAUUAGGACCAUUUCAAGAACAUAAUACACUUGAUCAGAUCAAUCAAAUACGUGAACUGGCAGCUGUUCUUUUUACAUUCGUUUUAUUUUUUUAACUUAAUGGAAUAACCUUGCCUAAUAAAUACAAAAUACCUCUGUGGUCUGAAUAGAAA